AGAUGGUCUGUGGAUGGGUGGUGAACAAUUUCUUGGUGCCCCUUCCCUCUGCAACACCACAAGUCUACAGGAUGCGGCCAGCCAGUGCGUCGUGGUGCCUGGUAGCGGUGUUGAUGACAAUGACGCCACUCGCCCAGGCUACACUGUCCCUCGCCGUCUUGCCCGCUGUGGCUUCCGUGGGUGGCCUCGCUGCUCUCAAGGUUCUGAAGUACGUAGGUUUGUCGAAGCUUCGAAAGACAAUCACUAACAGUGGCCUGAGUUCCAUCACUGACCUUGAUGACUCCGGGAAUGACUACUAUGAUCAGCAGCCCCCUAUCUUCGUGGCACCGCCCCCUACCAUUAUUGCGCCCUCCCCCACCUACUAUGCGCAGCCUCCCUCCUACUACCCACCCUCCUUCACUCCCCUCCCUCUGUCCAGCCCUCCCGCCUUUUAUAUUGUCCCUGCUUCAAGCCUUGAAAACUUCAGGACUCGCCGGGACGUUUCGAGUAUAUCUGGCUCCGGGACUGCGGCUGGCCAGGUGGCGGUAAGGUCUGAGAGGGAGUACUUCGACAUGAUCAGUGGCCUGGACCGCGAUGGGUGUGUGCUGCGAGCGGUGUGUGAAGUAGCCAGCGAGCCUGUGCAUUUGCUGACGGAGGACGAGAAGGCGAUAAUGGCUGCCUUUAGCUCUCCUUAUAAACCAUCCCGCCAAGGCCCGACUACAUGGAGGGACAUUUACUAUCAAGCGGUGUGGGUUGGCAAGACAGCAAACGACGCCGCCAUCACUUGCGCUAAGACCUACACCAGAUGUCCUCUCCCUGCCCGAGAGCUACUCAAGACGCUGCACGAGGAGGAGGAACAACAGAAGGAAGGAGAAGCAUCACGCCAGUAAAGUUAUCUUGUAUAGGUAUGAAGUAACAACUCGUUUGGCAGCCUUGAUUCCUGAUAUUGGCUGUCUUUUAUAAUCUGUUCUGCUCAGACCUUGUGGACUUAAGUGAAGUUUGCUUUCGGUUAUCUUAGGCUGAUAACAAGAUUCGCUAUCAGGUAUGUCCAAUUUUCCUCAUCCAAAUCAUGUUUCGCAUGAUGCCUUGGGUGAAAUUCAACUGCAUUGAGUUGUUAGGAUUUGCAGUCAAACUGUCCAGUGACUCAUUUUCUAUAUAUGGGUCUUAUUGAUAUGUCUAUUUUGAGUGGAUGAUUAUUAACUUGGACAAAAAUGACGUAAUGCUGGGUACGAAGAGGGUAUAAGUUGUUUGACUGAAAUGUUUGGUAUAUCUGGUAAGGAAAAGGUAGUGAAUUGUUUGGUGUGGCACUCUCAGUGGCUUGCUUGUGCCAGAAGAAAGGGAAAGAGUGGUAUGGCAAGGGCGGCAAAAAGGUGGAAUCGAUAAUUUGGAUGCAAGAACAAAAUCAUUCAAGGUUUGAGAGAGAAGAUGGAGUGUACAGACAAGAAUCUUUUAUCGCAGGCAUUCUCUUAGGAUGGGAGUUCCAAGUUUCGGGCAUCAGAGUAGAUUGCAUUACAUUAGAUACCUGUAUCGCAUGUUUCAUUCUUUACAUUUUUUUUCUUUUUCAUCUUAGCUUAAUAUACGUACACCUGAAUAUUUGCUCAUGUAAAUAUCUUGCAAUGGCUGACGACAUGUUUGUGACUGAAUGACAUUUUGGCUCCACAGUAAAAUGGGCUAUGUGGUGACACAGUCCGUGUAUAAACAUGUAACAUAAAUGCAUACAUAGUAACUUUGUUUUCUUCUGAACCACGCCGUUUCCUUCUCGUAAUCUCAUGUCUAUUUCCAUCUCAA